GUCGCCUCCUGAUGAACUUUGACCUCGUGCUGGCACGCGGAUUUUCUGCUGUGGAACAACGUGGAUAAUGCAAAGUAGAUGAUUUAACGUUAUAUUUUAACUUGAAAAUACAUAUGAGGUGUUUUACUUGAACGCGUUAACCAUAUCCAAUAUAAGCUACCUAUUUUGUCUAGAUGGGGAAACCGCCAAAAAAGAAGAACCUUGCUGAUAAGGUUCGCAAGACCAAAACUUCCACCGAGAUCAAAAACAACCCAUUCGAGGUGAAAAUCAACCGGAAAAAGUUUGACAUCCUCGGGCGAAAAAGCAAGCACGACGUCGGUCUGCCAGGUGUAUCCAGAUCUAAAGCCAUCAACAAGCGAAAAGAGACCCUGCUGAAGGAAUAUAAGACAAAGGACAAGGCCAAUAAGUUCAUAGACAAACGGUUUGGUGAAUAUGACACCAAGAUGGACCCAGAGGAGAAGAUCCUUCAGAGAUUUUCGAUGGAAAGACAGCGUACCCAAGACAAGAAGGACAUGUAUAACUUGAAUGAGGAAGAGGAGUUGACCCAUUAUGGCCAGUCUCUGUCUGAGAUGGAGAAGCUCAACGACAUGGUGGACAGCGACGAUGAUGCAGAUGAGAAAGGAGUGCUCUCAGCUGAGCUGACUGCAUCCCACUUCGGGGGAGGCGGUCUGCUGAGGAGGAAGACCCAAGGGGAGAAGGAUAACGGGGGGAACCAGAGAGCCAAGUCCAGACAGGAACUCAUAGAGGAGCUCAUCCUCAAGUCGAAACAAGAGAAGAGGGAGAGGCAGAACCAGAAGGAGGAGUCCCAGGUGCUGACAGAGAAGCUGGACCAGGACUGGAAAAGCAUUCAGGGGCUGCUGGCUCACAAGAAUGCCCCCAAGGCUGACAGACUGGAGGAGGAAGACAAACCCAAGCUGGAUGAGUAUGACAUGAUGGUGCGAGAGCUGGGCUUUGAGAUGAAGGCUCAACCAUCUGAGAAGAUGAAGACUCCAGAGGAAGUGGCCAGGGAGGAAAGGGAACGCCUGCAGAAACUAGAGGCUGACAGGCUGAGGAGGAUGAUGGGAGAUGUAGUAGAAGAAUGCACCAAGACCCAGGCUCACAUGUCAGCUGACGACCUCAACGACGGCUUCAUCCUAGAUGGUGACGACAAACCGACUCUAGCCUAUCAGGAUGGGAAAUGGAACAUAAAUGAGGAAGGAGCAAAGAUAGAGGGGGAGGAAGAGGGUGAAGGAGAGAGUGGUGAGGAGGAAUCUGGUGGAGAGGAGGGCAGUGGCGAGGAUAGCCACUCAGACCUGGACUCUGAGCAGGAGAGUGAGGGAGGAGAGGAGGAGGAGGAGAAGGAUGAAGUGCCUGCAACCAAAUCUCAGCUGAGUGAGGAGGAGAGGAAGGCCCAAGCAGAGGCAGCUAAAGCAGAACUACCAUACACUUUCAAAGCUCCAGAGAGCUACAGUGACCUGAAGAGCCUACUGCAGGGUCAUCCUGCUGACCACCAGUGUAUCAUCCUUGCCAGGACACAGAAGUGUAACCAUCCCAGUCUGGCUGUGGGGAACAAACUCAAACUACAAAAAUUAUUUGGCUUUUUGCUGGAGUAUGUGGGCGCAUUGGCUUCCAGGAGUCCACCGGAACUUUCCACAAUAGACAAAAUGAUACCGCAGCUGUAUGGUCUAUGUCAGCUGUUCCCUGAAGCUGCUUCCAAGGCGAUGCAGACAACUCUGGUUGACAGCGCACACAGGAUGGAGGAGGUACUGGAGGUCAAGGGUCGGGCAGCCUUCCCACAACUAGACAUGCUCAUUUACCUGAAGAUAACAGCACUGCUGUUCCCCACCUCAGACUUCCGCCACCCUGUCACCACCCCAGCCCUACUGUACAUCAGCCAGGCCCUCACCAAGUGUCCCGUGAUGUCAUUAGAGGAUGUGACAUCAGGCCUGGUGCUGUGCUGUCUUGCGGUGGAGUAUGUCUCCUUCUCCAAGAGGUUCUGUCCUGAGCUCAUCAACUUCCUGUUGGGAGUACUACACCUGGCCGUGCAAGAUAAGACCUCUACAGGUUACUCAGUGGUGCCACCCUUCAGGCAGAACGGUAAGGUUAGUGACCUGCUGGUGCUGUCAGACCCAGAGUCCAGCCAGACAUGGAGCAAGAAGACCCUACCUCUGUCUGCCACCCAGACACUCACACUGACCACUGACCUGGACACAGACCACUACAGCUUCCAGGCUUCAUGCGUGGAGACUAGAGAGGAAUGUACGGGUAGUGGACGGGACACACUUAGACUCCACCCCAGGCUGUCUGCUGUGGCCACCUGUAUGGACCUGCUGAAACACUGCUCUUCACUCUACAGAGAACUCACUUCCUACUCGCACAUCUUUCAGCCAAUCACAACCCUGCUCUCCAAACAUCUUCCAAUCAAAACGUAUCCUGCAGCAUUACAGGACCUUCAUGGGGAAAUCCUUGCGACCAUAUCCGGUUCACUGACGUCACGUCCUCUCCUGGUGUUUCAGAAGAAGAAACCCAUUCCCCUCAAACUGUUCACACCAAAGAUUGUGGAAGUGCUGGACUAUGGGAAAAAGCGAGGGAACACAAAGGAGGAGAGGGAGAAGGAAAGGUUGAACCACAAGUAUAAGAAAGAGUUCAAGGGAGCUCUGAGAGAGAUCCGUAAAGACACCCGCUUCCUGGCCCGAGAGAAACUCAACGAGGUCAUGGGCAGGGAUGCGGAGAGGAAGAGGAAGGUGAAGGAGCUGUUUGGCAGUCUGGCCACCCAGGAGGGGGAGUGGAAGGCUCUGAAGAGAAGGAAGAACAGCAGACACUAACCUAUUCAAAAUGGCUUUGUAUUGUCAGUUACAAACUUUGUAGUAUUUUCUAUUAUACUUUUGUUUUAAACAUUGCAAAAUAAAAUUGCUGAGAACAACGUG